CUGUCCCCUCGUGACAUUAUGACCAAAACCACCGCCCCUUCGUUUAACUGUAAACACAACACAACACAUCGAUAAAAUAAAAUUUGAUCUUAACCAUAGAGAAGCCAGGCAUGGAGGUAAAUUCAUUUAAUUAUUGGCUGUAAACAGUUCUUAACACUCUAAUAAGAUCUAUCUAUCUUUUCACUGUCUUUAUUUUCCUUUGCUUCAACAAUAAUAUUCGUUAUAAAUAUAAUAUAAGUAAUAAGUUCAAAGUUUUAGUCAGUAAGUUUUAGUGCCAUUUUGAUGAUUUUCUCAGUUUCUUGAGUGUGAUUAGUGUGAGGUGUCAAAUGUUGACUCUUGGAAUAGACUCACAAGUUCUUCACUAGCCUAAAGUUUCAGAAGGGAACAGCUGUUGUAAAACUUUAAAACAAUAGGACAUUGUGAUAAAUAAUUUAAUUAUUUGAAAUUAAUUAUUUUUCAAAUUAUUUUGUUUUCCCUAAUAAUAAAUAAUUAUUAAUAAAUACAUUGACUUUGGGUACUCUGGGGUUUGUGUAACUUUGCAUUUAAUAUUGAUUUUAAACACAGUUUUGUAUCUCCAAGCAUCUGAAGUCUGAAGUUCUUCAAGUAUGUGAAGUUACAUUACAAUAUCACUUAAAGACUCCCGCAAGUCAGCUCAGUAGCAUAUUUUUUAUUUAAUUAUAUACUUAUAUACGUAUAAGUCUGUAAGUGGAUGUAAGCAAUGCCCCUUAUAAUGUAUUGUCUAUGGAUGGUUGGUAGCUUCUUUUUGAGUUGUCUGCAUGUUUAGGUUUCUAUUCUACAGGCUAAAAAUUUCUCUUUUGUCAGUUUUGUUCUGGUCCAGCUUUUCUUGUGUUAUCCUUCAGAGGGCUCUUUCUGGCAAAUGAGUAUGGCUGACAUUCUACAGUCUACAGGCAUGAACAAGUGGUGCCAAUGGUCUACCUGCAUGGUUUCUGGAAUUAUUGUCACUCCUGAUGGCUUUCUCAGUUUUUUAAAAUUAGAUAAUGUCUUUGCCCGAAAAAUUCUUUCUAAGCAUUUUUUAUGGAAAAUCUCCAGCUUCAGUUCUAUUGUGCAAGGGUUCUUCAGGACACUAUCCAAUCAGAACAUCGCAAGUGACUACAAAACCACCACUCCUGGCUUUGUCACUGACCUCUUAAAAAGAUUUGACAUCCCCUCCCUCAAAAAUAGAAAAGCUCCAUCUAACAUUUCUCUAUGUAGUGGUCACGUGGCUAGAGCCGGCCAUUCCAGAUUACACGUAUCUAACCCCGCAGAAGCCAGGUCGCUUAAUCAGAGCCAAACACUCAAUUAACACUGACUUCACCUCUGACAACUCCAUGAGCAGUUACAUUCGGAACAAUGAUAAAUGCUUCACUGUGCCUCGAUGUAACACAGUUCAAUAUAAACAAUCAUUCUUCCCACGACUGGACAAUGCCGCCGUGGACUCAAAAUUAAUAGAGAGUUUCAAUGUUAACCUGGCACCCACUAGGAGCGGUUAGGAUAGCCGCAUCAUUUCCCAAAUCGUUGCACAUAUGCCAGUACUUGGUUGCAGCAAGGUAGUCUAUCAGAAUCAGUUCAUGACAGUCAUGAAUUAAAAUAUUUCUUUGUGGAUGCUCAGAUUGGUCAAACUUUAUAAAGGAAUCAUCAUUUUAUCAAAAUGCAUGAUUUUCCUUGCUUUGUUGUCACAAUCACCAUCUGUUGUUGCAGGUCCCUAGGGUCUAAAACUCUGUCACAUCUUCCAGACGGUUGUUUACAGUGAUUGUUACCUCUACUCAUAGUGGUAUUUUUUUCUCACUACCUGUUUUUGUGGCACUGAGUUUAGAUCCUACAUUAUUGGGUCUUUGCUAGUUUCUGAAGCUGUAUACAGAAUGUUUACAUUUAGCAAGUUAACAGUGGCCUCGAUAUAUGAUGAAAGAAGUAUAACAGUUUCAAUUUAAUCAGAAUCUUCACAUGUUUCAUAUAUCUUUUCUAAGCAGUAAAAUAAAGUUAUGUGUAAUAAAUAAAUGAUUUUUAAAAAAAUGUUUGUAUUUUGACAAAAUGACAAUUUUUUUACCGGGGUUUGAGAAAAGGAGGGUGCAGCUUUUUCUUUGCAUGACUCUUGUUCAAGACAAGAAAACUGCUGAGCUAAUGGUUAGCUGGUUCACUCUAUAUUACACCUGCUCAUCUAAUUUAAGGAAACUGUAGGCCUAUAAUUUAUUAGCCCCAUUAUGCUGUAUAUUUACCUUAGUAAAGAAUAUGGCAGCGGAGCCCUGAGAAGUGGAUCACAGUUUGGAAACCCCAGCUUAAUAAAAUAGAAUAAUAUAAUACAAAAGUAACAGCUAUAAUAAUUUGUAUUUUUCCAAAAUGUGCAACAUAAAUAAUGCAGGAUUAAUUUGCAAAUUUGUUUUCAAAGGAUGAUGUUUCAGAAGGGACUGUAACUCGGGAUAAAGAUUUUGAAAAUCAGACAAUGGAGCUACCCCCCUUACCUUUGUUUCAAGUGGAAGUUCCUGAAGCAGUGAAGAAAGGUGAAAAUGUGCUGUUCACAAUCCACACAACAGUUCCUGCUGAGGACAGAGGUCUCGUUGUCCUGCGACAGUUUGAAGAUAUUGAAUGGCUCCACCACAAUCUUAUUACAUCCAACAAUACUGAUGGUGUCAUUGUAAGGUUCAUUUUGUUUAUCAAACAGUGAGAAAGGUUUACUUGAUUAUCACAAUGAAAUUCCUCUUGGGAAUAGAAGACAGUAUAUGAGGGACUUCAUUUCACCAAUUUAUUGGGAAUAAAAUUAAAUUUAAAACAUGUAUGAUUAUGAAAUGUUAAAAUUUAAUAAUAAUUAAAAUGCAUCAAAUAAUUCAAUUAAAAAAUAUUAAAUAUAUCAUACAGCUGCUAGUAAUAGGAAAUUGACAGGGAGACAGCUUCAGAUUGACAGGGAGACAGCUUCAGAUUGACAGGAAGUCAGCUUCAGAUUGACAGGGAGGAUAGUUGGCUUUGUUUUUAAUGGUAUCUAAACUCACAGACACUUUUAAUAAAUGAACUCAUGUUUUGUGUUUCUGCAAAUAGAUACCACCACUUCCUGUUAAACCCCAAUCAGAUCCCAGAAGUGCAGAAACGAUGUCUCGUCGUCAGCUGGGAGACAAUACAAAAGUAUUGAGAGGGGACCAGUUUGAACAGGACUGCAAAUCUGUUCAAAAGUAGGAUCCUAAGUAACAGAUAAAAUGAAUUUAUGAUAUGCUACCACUUAUAGAUCUAUAAAUUACAUGUGAGAAUAAAAAAACCCCAAAAAACAAAUCUGCAGAAGUAAUACAGGAACUCAGUAAAUGUUCAGAAAUCCUGAAGUUAUAUUCUUAAUAAUCAUUAUGUGCAACCAACUUACCAAGUCUUAUACAUAGCCCCAAACAUUAUCCUCAAAUUAGAGACUGACCGAAAGUGAUUUUCUGAUUUCGGCCGAAGCCGUAAAUAGGCAGAAAGUUUAAAAUGACUUUCGGCCGAAACCGAAUAGGGCGAAAGUUUAAAAAUGACUUUCGGCCGAAAACGAAAAAAGGCCGAAAGUUAAAAUGACUUUCGACCGAAACCGAAGCUGAAACCGAAAAUGAAAAUUCUAGAUAUUUUGAAAUUCGUUCCCGCAUACAUUCUGCAUACAUCGAAAAUGGUGGGGAAAGUAAAAUUAUUUACAUUUUUUUAAUUAAAAAAUGAGAUAAUCGUGAAUAUUAAUAAAUAAACAUCUAAUAUAACAUCUUGUUGUUAAAGAUCGUUUGGUUUGUUCUUAAAGAUCGCUUAGUUUGUUGUUAAAGAUCGUUCAGUUUUUUGUGAAUGAUCGCUUUAUUUGUUCUUAAAGAUCGGUUAGUUUGUUCAUAAAGAUCGCUUAGUUUGUUGUUAGAAAUCGUUUAUUUUGUUUUUUUAAGAUCGUUUAGUUUGUUCUUAAAGAUCGCUUAGUUUUUUAAAAAAAAUCUUUUAGUUUGUUAUUAAAGAUCAUUUAGUUUGUUCAAAAAAGAUCACAAGUUUUUUCUUAAAGAUUGCUUAGUUUGUGCUAUUAAAAGAUCAUUUAGUUUGUUUAUAAAGAUCGCUUAGUUUGUUCUUAAAGAUGAUUGAUUUUGCUCUUAAAUAUCGCUUAGUUAUUCUUAAAGAUCAUUCAGUUUGUUAUUAAAGAUCAUUUAGUUUAUUUUUAUUGAUCUUGUAGUUUGUUAUUAAAAAUCGUUUAGUUUGUUCUUAUAGAUCGCUUAUUUUGUUGUUGAAGAUCGCUUAGUUUUUUCAUAAUCAUCGCUUGGUUUGUUUUUAUAGAUAAUUGAUUUUGUUCCUCAAGAUCGAUUAGUUUGUUCUUAAAGAUCUUUUAGUUUGUUCCUAAAGAAAAUUUAGUUUUCUGUUAAAGAUCGCUUAGUUUUUUGUUAUGAAUUAUUUAGUUUACUAUUAAAGAUCAUUUGUUUUGUUCUUAAAGGUCAUUUAGUUCGCUCUUAAAAAUCACUUAGUUUGUUCUUUAAGAUCGUUUAGUUUUUAUUAAAGAUCGCUUAGAUUUUUCUUAAAGAUCGCUUAGUUUGUUUACAGAUCGUUUAGUUUGUUCUUAAAUGUUGCUUAGUUUGUUGUUAAAUAUCGUUUAGUUUGUUCUUAAAGGUCGCUUAAUUUGUCCUUAAAGAUCGCUUUAUUUGUUUUUAAAGAUCACUUUAUUUGUUAUUUUUUUAAGAUCGUUUAGUUUGUUCUUAAAGAUUGCUUAAUUUGUUCUUAAAGAUCGUUUAGUUUGUUAUUAAAUUUCGAUUAGUUUGUUGUUAAAUAUUGCUUUCACUGAGUAUUAGAUGACCGAAAACCUCAGUCACUUUCAACAGGAUGGCCGAAAGUCUAAGUUAAUUUUGUCCGAAACCGAAUGAAAAAAGAAAGUUAACUUUUCUCUUUUGGCCGAAACCGAAAUUAAGCAGAAAGUUAACUUUCAGUUUCGGCUCAAACCGAAAUUUGGCAGAAAGUGAUAAAAUGGCCACUUUCGGCACUGAAACCAAAGCGGAGGCUGAAAUUCGGUCGGUCUCUACCUCAAAUCAUAAAAUAUUAUGGCAUAUCUUUUGUAUUUCUUAAGCAAAUAACACUAUUUUCAAAGUCUUUGAAAGAAACUUUUAUAUGUUGUUAGUUAUCUUGCUAAGUUUUGAUGAGUACUGACUCAAUGAAUAAAACUGAGUUGUGUUUUCUGAAUUAUUUUCUUAACCUUUUACAAAUCAUUUUAUGUUUUGCCUCUAAUUGUGCCAAAUACUGUAAAUCUGAAAAUUGCAUGACAUUCUAGUAUUGUUUUGGAACAUGGGGUUUUCUUGACUUUUAUAGUACCUGAAGGGUUUAUCCCGUCAAACUUAGCUGAUAAAUAUACAAAUGCCCUUUUACAUGAUCUUUUAGAUAUCUGCAACUCUUGCUAACCCAUCAAACCUUCGGACGUGAUAAGACUUUGGCGUCUUUUUUGACAGAUGAUGAGGUCAGUUUUCACAUUGCUACCUGAUAAUUGUAAACACAUCCUAUUUAAAUAUUGAACAGCUUAUACUAUUUUGAAUCAAAGUAAACUAAAUUUCACUAUAUUACUAUUAUGGCCAUACAAUUGUAAUGUUGAAAUUUUUAUUUUCCCUUUCAUAGUUAAGUGGUUUUGAUUUUUUUUCUUUCUAAAAUAAAAAUAUUCAUUUGUUAAAUUUCUCUGAGUUAUAACGGGCAUCUAAUUAAAAAUUAAUUUGUUCUUGGUUUAAACUAAUGAUAAUUUUCUUUAGGCCCCUGUCAGGGUGCGUCUCAAUAAAGGAUUAAUGAACCGUCUCACUUCUGUUUUGGAUAAUGCCAGAAAAGCUAAUCAUAAAGUAAGUACAAGAAAAUAAAUUUAAAAUUUGAUAUUUUCACAGAACUUAAAAUAUAGUUGCCAAAGUUUUUAAAAACUACUUUUUUGAUGUUAGAUAAAUUUUGUAGAAUUUUAUUUUCAGACAAAAAUAAUUAAUGUCUGUCUUUUAAAAAAACAACAACAUUAUGCUAAAAAUCUAAAUUUUUUCAGUCCACUAAGCUUCAUAUUAUUUAGCUAUGUAAUGUUUUAUAUUUAACAUUUAAAUUGUCUACUUUACAUCAGUCGUAUACAUUUAAAUGUGUAUGUUAGCAGACUACUGAAUAAUGCCUUGUUUCCUACUGAUAUUCUUCCCUUUUAUUUCUGUUAGUAAGUCAUUUCUUUAUUAAGUAUCCUAGAUAUGUGAAGUUAUUUACCUUUUCACAAGUGUGGUUUCUAAUUUUAAUGGUUUCAUCUUCUCUUGACAUAGUCAUGUAUUUUGCUUUUUGGUCGUUAACUUCCCACCCUGCUUGUAGUGAUGUGUCUUCUAAUUCAAUAAAUCCUUUUGAUGUGUCUUUACUACUUUUCCCAAGCAGUGCUGUGUCAUCAGCAUAUGCAAGAUACUAAAGGGCUUUGUUGCAGGGACAUCAUUUCAGUUUUUUUAGGGGGGUGGGGGGAGGCAAAACCACAAUUUGGCCAGUUUGUUGAGUUGUUUAUUACUGGAGGCGCCACUGUACAUACCAAUUUAAAUAAAAUCUGCAACUGGCGGGGGGGGGGGGGGGGGAACCCCCCCCCCCCCCCCCCCCCUACCCAAAUGAUGUCCCUGGUUGUUUGUUGAGAGUGCCUGUUGGCUGUGGCUCUUGGGUCUCCCUCAGAAAGUAUCCUGUGAUAGUUUCUCAGGUGUCAAUGUAUGUAUGCUUCUUAUAACCCUCUCUAAAGAUUAAAUAGCAUACAAGACAGUGAUCUCCUUGUCUUAGGCCUCAUCUAAUAUGAACGUCCCCCUUGAAUUUGUUCUUUGAAUUGUAUAAUGUUAUUUGUAUCAGUCCUGUCAGUUUUUUGGGUAUGCCAAACUCCUGCAGAGUCUCAUUUGGAUAUUUUCUUUUGAUGCUGUCAGAGGCCAUUUAAUAAUCCUCUUAUAUUUGAUGUACUGGGAUAUUAUAUUCAGAAUAUUCAUAAUAAUUCUCUAAUAGACAUCUAAUGGUGAAAAUCUGAUCAGUCGUUUUUCUUUUUUGUCUGAAUCCACAUUGGUAAUCACCUAGUAUUUCUUCAGUAUACAGUUGUAGUCUUUUGGUAAUUAGUUUUGUCUGUAUUUUGUAUGAAAGUAUUCAUCCCACCUCCCCAGUACUUCACUAUUUUUCAUAGUAUGAUUAGUAUAAAAUAUAAACACUAAAAGCAUUUUCCUAGGAUGUUGAUGAAUAUUUUUCAACACAAAGACAUUUUACCAAUGAAUUUUCCAAAGCUAUCAAAGAAGCUUCUUCGGUAAGUGUAGCUGUUUUAUUUAUUUAUUUUUAAAAAAGUUGUUUUCAUCUACUUUUUGUUUUAUUAAUAUUAAUCUGUAAACCAUUUUUUAAAUGGAAAAUAAUUAAAACAGUAAUGCUUUUUUUUAUCAUCUGAAUUGAAUAGAAUUUUUCAAACUUCUUUACAGAGCUACAACAAAAUGCUGGUUGCACAGUGGCGUAAGUUGUUGAGAUUUCUGCCUACAAAUAAAUUAUAUAUUAACUUUUGAAUUGUUCAGAUUAACUGUUCCUGCAGAAACAAAUUAACUUUAGAGUUGUUCAGAUUAACUUUUCAUGUUGAAACUUAUUUGACAAAUGGUACCAGUAACCACAGUCUCAUUAUAGCUUUAUCAGUUCAUGUAGGGCUAUGCAAAUGAUAGCAUUGAUGAACGUCAUCAUAAUAAUAGGUCUUAUCACAUUGAUAAUCAUGGCAGUCAUAAUAAACUAAUUUUAGCAUGACCAAUAACACCUAUAACAGAAAUAACCCUAGCACUAAGCACAGCACCUAAUGACAGUGAAAGUAAUUGGUUUGUUACAGGGCUUUCUAGCUCCUGUCGUCUGCUAGCAACAGAACUGACAUCAUGUACUGCAGAGAGGGAUGAGGGCCUGGUGAAAGUGAAUAGGUUUGCAGGAUAGGUUUCUGUUCUAUUUUAGUAGUUAAAUUAUGUAAUAAGUAUUAAGUAUUCACUAAAAACAUGUAUCAGCUAAAACCAGGGGUCAGGUUUUUUCUUAUUUAUGUUAUUAUUCUGAGACUUGUAUUAUAUUAGAGCUUCACAUUUGCUUUCUAUGGAUCCACUGUUCCGAAUCAGAUAAAGGCCACCGUUAAGUUUUUUAAGGUAUAAAAGAAAAUUACAAAGGAAACACAGGUGUUGGACCCUCCUGAACCUUCUCAUGAAAACCCAAGUGGUCAGUAGACCUCAUUCUAAAAAACCCUAUAUUAGAACUUAAUAUUAUACAUAGAAAUAUUUGUCUGUAAUGUUAACUAGCAGAUUAAUCCUAAUAGUAGUUUGUAUAAAUAAUUUUUAAAGCUAAUUUUAAAAAAUUGUGAUAUUUAAUGUUGCUUUCUUUAUAAAAAAAAUUCCCUUUCAGGAUUUUAAAAUUGUUGAGUGAUGGCUGUGAGGACAUAGCUGUAAGUUUUUUUAUAUUCUACUGGGAGACCAAUCAUACAUUUCUUUUACAGGUAAUAAGGUUGGGGGGGGGGGGGGGGGGGGGGGGGAGACUGCCGGCAGGUGAGGAAAAAGGAAAUGAGCAAAACAAAAUGUUUACAGACUCCAUGGCUUGAUUGCCCAGAUCCAUCUCACAUGACCUAAAUUGAAAUGUUAAAAGUAAAAUGGGAUAAUAGAAUGUUUAAUUAAAGUAAAUCGUACAUGCAACCUUCAGUGUCCACAUGUACCAUGUACAGUUAUUAUAGAUUUGCCAAGUUUUACAGCCAUACAGGCUUAUGUACCAUUUUUUUCUCUGGAUAAAUAAAAAACAUUUUUUUGCACAAUACACAUGUCCAAAACUGGGGAGGGAGGGGUGGAAUAACUUCAGCUUUGGACAACAAAAAGCUUAAAUUCUAUUUGUCAAUUCACAAUGACCAAGCUGAGUAUCUGUAGGCCAUCUUAAUUUAGAAACAGCGUGGCGCGUGGUUUCAUUGAUAUCAUUCCUUAAUACUAUAAAACAGCAAAGUACGGCUGUAACUACUUUGAGUAUCAAACAAAAAUUACAUAACUGUUUGUUUAAUUCUGAACAAGAACUCCAGUGUCCUUGAGUGUUCUUUUAAUUUAUAUUAAAUAAUCAAAUUUAUUUAUAUAACUUUCAAUCAUUCUUUAUUAUUAUUUAUCAUAACAGCAUGGCUUAAUCUCUAGGGUAUGGUGAAAAAUAAGGUUAUGAAUUGAAGGUUAACUCAAAAACUUAAUUUUGUUAAGAUGGACAAACUUUAAUUUACUUCAUUAAUUUAAAUACAGGAAUCUGUAUAACUACGCUAGCGUAAUCAACCAAAGAAUUAUGUCUAAUUGCAUCUAAAUUGAUAUAAAAUUAAUCAUCUGUCCAUUUUUAAUGAAAAAACUCAAAACUUGACAAACAUCAGACUUAUAACAAGCUCUUGACAUUGAAUUUAAAAGUUACUGCAUAUCUAUUUAUGAAUGAUGUAAACACGCUUAAAUUUGUGCACAGCAAAGGAAGACAAUUAAUUUUUUUAAAAUUCAUGCAUUCAAAAUAAAAACAUUGAUAAACACCAUGAAAAAGUUAUAAAUUAUACUUUAUUUUUACUUUUCAUAUUUUUCUAUAAAAAAAUUGUUUCAUGCUGUUGGACAGUUUUUUGGGCCUGUUGCUACAUUUUUUUUUAUCACACAGGUUGGCAUGUAUAGAUAAGUUAUACAAAAUAGAUACAAUUAUUCUAUUUUGUAUAACUUAUUUUACAAUUAUAUUUUAAAAAAUUAUGUAAGUGUGCAACCAAUCUUUUUAAGGGCCUCAUAGCUGAAAAACUGUUAAAUAAUUCAUGGCUGCUAUUGUUUACCAUCUUAAAAAAUAUAUAUUUAUAUUUAUCUAGGGUUGUUAUGAUUUAAAGAGUAUACAGGGAGAGACAACUCUUGGAUUUUACUUGGACCUAAUGGCUCGAUACAGUGACUCUUUAAAGGUAAGAAUCAAUUUUUUACAUCAAAUUCUGUAUACAAACUAAAGUUACUUUAAGUAAUUGAGUAAUUGGUCUAAACUAAGCAAAUCUCAAGUUGGUGGUCUGGAGUUCAAUUCCAGCCAAAGCCCAGUCAAGCAAAAACACCACCAGCACCCAAGGUGGAUGGGACUCGUUAACCAUGGAUGGCAUCUCAUCUAAGAGAAGGCAACUCUGAAAUCAAACCUGGAGAUGGAGUCCCGAAAGGCGGAUAACAUUGAUAUAAUGAAACAUUCCGACAACUCCUGCAACGUCACUGGUGCCAAGCUGUAUCAUCCAAUGAUGUUCCCGUGGGUUAUCCAGCGGCGUGGAGAGAGGCGAUUUGCUGUUGGGAGCCAGCUUAUAAUCCUUGAAUAAUAAUCCCAGGCCAUGUGGAUUUCGUCCUCCAAAGCCCACUCCAUCGUCACAUUGUGACGGGUGCCAGCAAAAAAAAAAAAAAAUUAAUUGAGGAUCUGUUUUUUGCUGAGUGACAUUGUCAUUCUUAGAAUUGGAGUUCUUUUUGUUGAUGAAACUAUAAAUAAAUCAUUAAGAUUUGCUGUGAAUGUUGGUUAAAUUUUUCUCUAAAUUCUGUCUGUAACAAAAUUACAUCCCAUUUACUUACAGAGUAUGAACAGAAAUGAGUUACAUAAUUUCUUUCUAUUGUUAUUUCUCCUUGUUCCAAUUAAAAGUAUAUUUAAACAUGUUAUUUAAGAAAAUUCAAUAGAAAACUGAGAUCAGCUGUCGACACAAAUUAUACAAAUAUCUGGUUUAUAUGGGUGGUGCGGUUUCAAUUAGUAAUUUAGUUUUUUUCUUCCUUCAGGAAAUGCAUUUUCGUCGUACAUGUGCCCUCAUAGAUUAUGAAAGUACAGAAAAGACUCUAGAAAAGGCAAAGCCAGUCAAAAAGGCUGCUGUAAGUAAACUUGUUAAAGUUGACAAGGUAAUAUAAAUGCAUGCAUCAGGACUUGUUAACAUUUAAUUUAGCUUAAAUUUAAUAUUUCGAAUAUGUAGAAUCUUAAGUGAUCCUAAAAGCUGGUAAUAACCUAGCUGUUUUGAGUAUUGUGACAGAGAUGUAUCAGUUGAUUUAUCUGAGGAUGGAGCGUUACAUUCAACCUAAUACGAGGAUUAUCAAAAGAGUCACUACUUUGAUUACUCUGAAUGCAGUGGAAAUGUAAAAUGUCGUUUACUUGGAAAUUUUUACUUUUUAAUGCAACAGCUUUAAUUUUGUUACAUCUUAUUCUACAACAAGAUUCACAGUUUCUGAAUUUUUUUGUGAGUCUUUCAAAAAAUAAUUUCUCAUAACAUUCCAUUUAAAUUAAAUAUGAGCCGUAAUUAAAAAUAUUAAGAAAUGAUACCUUUACAAAAGUUGUCUCUCUUUCACAGGCGCAAGAGGCUUUUGACAAUGCUAAAAACGUUUUUGAAACUAGCUCAGAAAAGGCCAAACAAGAGGUAAAUUGUCCAGGUCUUUACUUUCUCACCUACUUUCAUAAGGUUUGACAUUUGCCCACUAUUGGAUUUAGUGUCUAUAAAUCGUUACACAAACUCAAAGUGCUAGACUUCUGAUCAGGUUCCAUAAUUUAUUUAAUGAUCUAAUAAAAUAAUUAUAUUUAGAUACCACAAUUUUUAGAGGAUUUUGAAGCUGAAGGUAAGUGACAGAAGAAUAACAAAACUUUCAUUACUAAAUAAUUGGAACAAGAUAUUUUUCCAACAAAUGUAUUAAAAUAAAUAAUUUAACUAUUUUUAAAUAUAUUAUUCUUAAAUAGUUUUUACUUUUUUUUUUUUUUUAAUCAUUGUUUUUUUUUUUUUAAAUAGAGAAUUUUUAGUAUUAGCUUAUUGUUUUUUAUUUCUUACAUUUUUAAGCAAAUUUUUUUCAACAGCUAAGUGUUUAAAACAACUUAGGGUUAAAAUAUUCAUUGAGGCAAAAUUACAUUUUAAAUAUAUUAUUUUUAAAUAGUUUUUAUUUUUUUUUUUUUUUUAAUCAUUGUUAUUUUUUUUUUAAAUAGAGAAUUAUUAGUAUUAGCUUAUUGUAUUUUAUUUCUUACAUUUUUAAGCAAAUUUUUUUCAACAGCUAAGUGCUUAAAACAACUUAGGGUUAAAAUAUUCAUUGAGGCAAAAUUACAUCAAAGAAAACAACAUGAUACCAAUUUUUUCUGAUUUCAUUUUAACAAACUUUAUUCUAUAAAUUAUUGGAUUACUUUAAAAAAAUUAUCAUUUUAUGUCAUCAUUUGAAUUUUAUUUUAUCCCUCAUCAACAAUUAAUAUCCACAGAUCAACUGUUUUACCCAAAUUCGUCUGCUGAAUUCCUCAGAGGCCCUGACCAAGUAUGCAGAGCUUCAAAUAAAAAUCUCCCAAGAUUGUUACUCACAGCUGUUUCAUUCCCGUAAAACUUUGCUAGAGCUUCAGUUAUGAUUGUUGUAAUGCUCUGCAUCAGAUAAGUUGUUGUUGAACAGAUUGGCUCAUUCCAGUGUUUUUUUGGUUUGUAAUUUAACUAUGACCAUUUUGUUGUUUAUGUCCACUUAUAUGGCCUGAACUAUAGAUUGGCAUAUAAGAUAUAUAUUUAUAUUUUACAUAAGGCAUAAAACAACCUCAAGCUAUGGCUUAUGUGUGCUCAUUUGUCAGGAAACAUACAAAGUCAGUGUUUCUAAAACUAUAUGGUGAGGGCAUCCACAUAAUCUUUUCCACCUCAUGCUGGUACUUAAAAAAAAAAGUUUCACAUAUAUUUGAAUCAAGUAUUGCCAAAAUUUGAUUGGCUUGAUAAAACCAUGAAUUCAAAUAUUUAUACAAUAGACAUAAUCAUGAUUUAACCAAAUUAAGUAUGUUUAUAAGAGUGAUCAGUUAGAAAAAUAUAGUUUUGUUAGUUGUAUCAUUUUGUUAAUCUUUAUAUAAGGCUGCGAGCACAGUGCCUGGUCACUGCUUAGUUUAAUCUUAUUCUACAGUGCAACAAUUGGAGGCCUACUGAACAUCAGUAUUACCUGCUGGUGUGGGAAUGCAUUGUCUGACAUCAAACACAGGCUAAACAGACUAAUCAAGAAAGCUAGUAAUAUCACACAAACUAAACAUCCUUUACUUGAACUAUUUAAAGAAAAGUUUUUAAAAAUUUAGAUGAUACAUCCCACCCUCUUCAUCACAGAUACCUAUGGUCAGUUCAAUCAGGGCAAAUUCAGUCUCUUAAAGUUAGGACAGAAAGAUAAAAAAAUUCUUUUGUUCCCCAGUCUGUCAGAAUUUACCAGCAUGCUCCUCCGGCAGUUAACAAAUCUAAAUGAUCUCUAAAAAAGUCAAUAUUGUCACUAUGCGAGUUCAUUGAUGACUGAUUUCUAUGCGAGAGAAAUAUUCUAGAUGUCAUGUGUUUAAAUUGUUAUAAUUGUAAAAUUUGUGUCUUGGUUAUAGAGUAUGUAUUUAUUUAUUUGUUGAAAAUUAAUAUGUACAAUAUAAUUAAAAAAAAAAAAUUUCCAUGUAUUUGGAUCAAUGAAAGAAUCUUAUCUUAUCUAGAAAUAUCAUAAUUUGAUUUAAGUCUAAGAUUGUUUCACUGACUCUUGACCGCAUGACCUAAUUACAUCAAUCUGGUCAUUUUCAAGGUUAACACCGAUGAUAAUCUUGGACAAAGUUACAUAACUGCUGAAAUGCAUUUUGUUUUUAAAGUAUUAUUUCAAAAAGUUUUACUCCACCCAUUUUAAAACUUUUCAUGGACAAUAUGCAUUCCAAGUAGAAUAAAUUUGUUCCAAUAGUAUCAGAAAGGUACAUUCCAAUUUACAACCAAUAACACUGAAUUUUGAUUUUGCAGCUCUUUUUGCGGACAAUACAUUUCUCAGCUUUAAAGAGAGGAAUAGACCGGGUUAUGUUACGACUUAUUACUUGUCUCAUAAAAUAUCCAACGAAUGUUUGUUUGUAAUAGCAUGAAAAGAAGCUGUAAAACGUGACAAGUCCUGGAGUUAAACUUCUCUAGUCGGAUGACCUGUAUUUUUUUCCAAAUUUUAUCUGAACUGAUGGUGAAAUUAUUUUUUUUUUAAAAACAUUAUUGAUUUUUAGUUGAUUAUAUCAAAAUAAUUUUCCAUACCACUAAUAUUAAUCUGCUACAAUUAUUUAUUUGCUCGCUGGAGACUUAAUUUAUUCAUUAUUAUCUAGUCAUUUUUUGUUUACAUAAAGUUCUGUUCGUCAAUGAAUUUAUGUCGCUUCUUCAUUGUACACAUUAGUUCCAGACAGUGCUUUAGUCGGAUCCUAAAUGAAUGAUGAUAAUCAAAUUAUUCCAAUCUAUUUUUUUAAUUUAUUAUGUCAACAUUUUAGCCAAUCCUACUAAGAUGCAAAAGAAAUAUGACAAGCAUGAAUUUUCUGAGCAUUUAAAUGUUCAAGGCCCAGUGUGUGAAUUUUUGUUUGUAACUGCUGUGACUGUGGCAAACCCCAGGGCAAGUUUUAAUUUUAAGAUGUAUUCAAAAAAUGAAUUUUUCUUUGUCACAAAUACACGAAUACAACUGAACCCCAUCCCACUGUAACUGUAAGUCUCUGAGUCCUGUAUUAUUUAAUAUGCUCUUCAGAAACCAAUUAUAGAUGUACACAUUUGAAUAAUUAUCAUUCAAAUUUAUAGAUUUACAUUUCAAAUAAAAACUCUCAAGUUUAAAAG